CUGGGCCAGAGCAAGAUCCCGAACAAAAUUGGUUUUUUUUGGGAUUUUUCUAGAUAUAUAUGUACGACCUUCUUUACCUUCCCAGUCCGGUCUCUUGCUAAUAUACCUAUAAAUUGUAUUUUAGUGUCAACUGUUUAUUUCUGUUUUAAUAAAUAUUUUCCAAAUAAAUUUUAUUUUUCAAUAUUUUGUUUAAUCGGACUUUAUCUUUUUUUAAUUUAAACUUUUUCUUUUAAAAAUUAUUUUUUUAAUUUUUUUUGAAUGGUAAUCCUCAACAGGCAUCGACUUCUGCCAUUUGUCCAGAGACGGUUUAUCCAGGGUUAUUCAUGGAAGGACAGUUCUGUUUAUUAUGGAAAAUUCAUUCGUCCGUUGCCUGAUGGGGUUAAACCAACCCAUAUAAUUGUUGGUGCUGGUUCUGCUGGAUGUGUCUUGGCAAACCGGUUAACCGAAGAUCCCCAAAAUCGAGUUCUUUUAAUUGAGGCUGGCCCUAGAGAUUAUUGGUGGAAUUGGAAAAUUCAUAUGCCUGCAGCUUUGAUGUACAAUCUGAAGAAUAGUAAUUAUAAUUGGGUUUAUUACACUACAUCGCAAGAAAAAAUGAACAAUCGCGCAAUUUAUUGGCCUCGUGGACGUGUUUGGGGUGGUUCAAGCUCGUUAAAUGCAAUGGUUUAUAUUCGUGGGCAUCCUUUAGAUUAUGACCGAUGGGAAAAAGAAGGAGCAAAAGGAUGGGCUUUCAAAAAUUGCCUUCCAUACUUCAAAAAAGCCCAACACCACGAGCUCUCAACAGGUAUUGAAGACCCAUUCAGAGGCAGUCAAGGACCUCUUUACGUAACACAAGGACGUUGUGAGAAUCCUCUUCAUCAAGCUUUUUUGGAAGUUGGAAAGCAACACUCAAUUGGGUCAACGGAAGAUAUGAACGGGUUUAAACAAGAAGGAAUUGGUCCAAUGGAUAUGACAAUAAAAGAUGGAAAGAGAUGGAGUGCCUCUUCUGCCUAUUUAGUUCCGAUUCUUGACAGGCCAAAUUUAUUUACAACACAAGGAAUUACAUGCACACAAAUUUUGUUUGAUAAACACAGAGCUAUUGGAAUUGAAUUUAUUAGAAAAAUCAAUUUUACAACAACAUCUUUAAUUGAUGCUGGUUCUAGAGAAAAAAUUUAUUGUACUGAUGCUGUUAUUUUAGCUGCUGGUGCUAUUAAUACUCCUCAAUUGCUUAUGUUGAGUGGUGUUGGCGAUGGUGACCAUCUUUAUGUAUGCUUUUUAAUAUUUUAUAUUAUUUGGGAAUAUUGGGAUUUUUGUUGUCGUCCUACUUAUGAUAGAAUGAGACGUGUUGAAAAAAAAAGUCGGGCGCGUUUUAAAUCAGAUUUUUCAAAAUUUUCUUCAGUUCGGGGUUCGGGGAAAAAACCCCUCAAAAUUCCAAUUGUGCAAGAUAUGAAAGGUGUUGGUCGAAACCUUCAGGACCAUUUGGAAAUUUAUGUUCAACAGAAAUGUUUAAAACCAAUAACAUUAUAUAACAAAUCUACUUGGAAACAUCCACAUAGAAUGAUGCAAAUUGGUGCACAAUGGUUUUUAACAAAAACGGGUUUGGCAGCAAGUAGUCAUCUUGAAUCUGGUGGUUUUGCUAGGUCUAGUCCAGAGCCCUCAAACUGGACAUUUACCGGUUUUUGGAUAAUAAUUCAAUCUCAUCUCUUAAUUAUUUUUUUUUAUUUUAUUCAGAUUCCACACCCAGACAUUCAAUUUCACUUUUUACCUUCCACUGUUCACGACGAUGGCCGUUCUUCUCCAAAAUGUCAUGGCUAUCAAGUACAUGUUGGCCCUAUGCGUUCAAAAUCUACAGGAAGAGUUUAUUUAAAAAGUAGCGAUCCUCGUGAGGCUCCUUUGUGUGAUCCUAAUUAUUUUGGUGAUGAAAAGGAUUGGGUGGAAUUUAGACAGUCUAUUCGCCUUUCAAGAGAAUUGUUUGCGCAAAGGGCAUUUGAUGAUUUUCGUGGGGAAGAGUUGGCGCCUGGAAAGGAUUGUCAAACUGAUGAAGAGAUUGACCAAUUUGUCGCGCAAUAUGCAGCUUCCGCUUACCACCCUUCUUGUACAUGUAAAAUGGGUUCAAGUAAUGAUAACUUGGCUGUAGUGGAUCCUGAAACAAUGAAUGUUUAUGGUUUUGAAAAUUUGAAGGUAGUAGAUGCAAGUAUAAUGCCAUCAAUUAUUAGUGGAAAUUUAAACGCCCCAGUAAUUAUGCUUGCAGAAAAGGCGGCGGAUAUUAUAAGUGGAAAGACUCCUUUACCCUCUGAAAAUCCACCGAUUUGGUCGCCUCCCAAAAAUAAUUGA